AUGUAUACAUUCGGAACCAGAGACCCUGUCCCAACAACGUGCGGAGUAACGUUCUUGGAUCUCUGGGAUAACAUGGGAGAAAAGCACAAUGUGCGCCUACAUGCAACGGCGGUAUUAACCGCGAAAGGAAAACUCACAUAUCUCAGUCAGCAGGACUUAGAUUUCAUCGCACACAACAAGAUACAGUUAUCCAAAGUAACGAAACGCAAACAAUCCAAACCACAAAUACUUCUAGGCUGCGAUCAGUUGUGCAACUUGUUAGAAGUUCCUUCGCCAAGGUGCACGCUUCCGUCCGGUUUACUACUCAUCCCAUCUAAACUGGGAUACCUUCUGACCGGGAGACAGCAAAUGACGGCGACAUUGGAUCCCCAAUCAAGUAUGGUAACGAUGAUCCAAACGCUCACUAAUGAAGAGGAAGACCUACAACGUUGGGACAGAUACUGGACAAUGGAAUCGGCAGGAGUCUGCGAAUUCAUAGGUACAAAAGACGCAGAAAAGUCAGCAAUCAACGACAAGGUGCUGCAAUUUUUCAACGACACCAUUGAGAAGCGCGACGAUGGAUAUUACGUGCGCUUACCCUUCAAACAAGAUCAGCCGCCGCUCCCAACGAACAAAGAACUUUUGGAAGACUACGACGACACGUUUAAGACACAACUGGAUAGCGGCAUAAUCGAAGAAAUUCCUGAAGAACAAGAGGAGGGAGAUGUAGUUCAUUACAUCCCUCACCAGCCGGUCAUCACACCCCAUAAGGAAACCACAAAAUUACGCAUAGUUUUCGAUGCAUCUUCACACUUCAAAGACUGUCCCUCGCUUAACGAUGUACUCUAUCAAGGCCCGCUCAUCCUACCAGAACUCUACGCAAUGUUGCUACGCUUCAGGAUACCAAAGUACGUCAUUACGUCUGACGUAGAGAAAGCCUUCCUUCAAGUUCAUCUACAUGAGCUAGACCGCGAUGCGACUCGAUUCUUCUGGGUACGCGACUACAGGAAAGAUCCUACUGAGGACAAAAUUCUUACUUAUCGCUUUAACAGGGUCACAUUUGGACUAAAUGUGUCACCAUUUCUAUUAGGAGCAACGGUUCAUUACCACCUGCGCAACGCAAUUCAGGACAAGGAAUUAGAAAAAGAAAUCCGGGAAAAUCUUUACGUUGAUAAUCUCAUCCUUGCCGCAGAAACAAAACAAGAAGCACUACGCAAAUCAACCGAUUCUAGGAAGAUUUUCGCCGACGUGGGUAUGAAUCUACGCGAAUUCCUAUCAAACGACCAUUUCAUCUCGGAAGGCAUCCACAAAGAAGCCUGUGCAACUAACAGAGUACAGAUGGUCCUGGGAAUCACAUGGGAUAGCGACAAAGACAUUAUAAGUAUUCGAUGCGAUUUCCCUUCAACUCAUCAUCUGACAAAACGCAUAGUGGCCAGACAGAUUGCGUCGAUAUACGAUCCGUUCGGAUGGCUAGUACCACUCCUUACACAACCCAAACGGUUCCAGCAAGACCUAUGGAAGCAAAAAUUCGCUUGGGAUACGGACCUUCCAAAGAAGAUAAAGGAGGAAUGGGACACAAUUACUAAUAACGCUCAUGGAUUUCAAAAAUCUUUCUCGAGACAAUUCUUCAAUAAACCAGAAUGUGGCAGCUUAGCCAUCUUCGCAGAUGCUAGCGGCAUAGCAAUGUCAGCAUGCGCUUAUAUCUUCACUGUAAAUCAAUCAAUCAAUCAACGCUAG